AUGGCAGACGAAAGAAAUUUUCGAUCAUCGUAUUAUGAAAAAGUUGGAUGCCGUGGUGUAGAAGAGAAGAAAUCUUUGGAAAUACUAAUGAAAGAGAAGCCCUGGGACAGGGUAAAACUAAAACAGUUUUGUUUACGUUUCACUGUACCUGCUGCUUAUAGGAAUUUAGUAUGGAAAGUGUUACUUGAUAUCCUGCCAGUGUAUGCAGAUUCUCACCAAUUUGUAGCUGAACAGAGAACAGACCAGUAUAACCAUUUGCUGUAUGCCGUAGAGAGGUUAGAACUAGUUGAUAUGAAGGCUCCUCGGAGUGAAAUCUUGCUAGCCAUGUGGCUUUUAGAACUUGAAGAGAUAACACCACCUAAAUUUCCUGAAACUGGAUAUAGUUCCUUGGACACAUUUAUACCAAUAGCAAACACAUUACUUGAAUUAUAUGAUGAUGAAGUUGAUGUGUAUUGGUUAAGCAAGACUCUAACAGAUAUUGUACAAAAUAUGCAAAAAGAUUUACCAAAAUUGAAGGAAGCUUUCCAAAGUAUGCUGGAGAAGGAGGAUGGGGAGCUUUAUAAUCACCUAGCUGAAAUAAAAGCACUAGAUAUUCUUCCUCUGACAAAAUGGUUUAACUGCUGCUUUGCCGGGGUCUUGGAUGACACUUCUCUUACAAAGAUAUGGGAUAAAAUUUGCAGCGGAGCACCAAAGAUCCUGUCCUUUGUGGCUGUAAUGCUUAUUAUUACUUUAAGGAGGAACAUAUUAAAAGCUAAGAAUGGAGAAGAAGUACUAAAAUGUGUUUCUGAGAUACCAGAACAGUGUGAAGAAGUAGUAGCGAAUAAGGCAAUAGAGUUAUGGCAGUACUAUGCUCAGCCACAGAAUGAACAACUGGCAAAGAAA